GACAGAAUAAAUCGACUGUGACUGCGAGUCUUUUGUAAUAUAUUGGGGCUUUCUUUGCACACCGAAUCUGGACGGAUCUCUCCAAAUCUCAAGUUCAUUUCGUCUUUGCUUUGCAUUUUAGCAAACUUGAUUCUUAUCCCCGUUGCAAGGGAUUUGCUUUAAUCCGUGUGAUUUAAUUUGAAUUGAAUGGUGCGUGGGAGAGAGAGAGAGAGAAGGGGGCAAGGAAGGCAGCCAGAGAGCGGAGCCAGCGCCGGCCUUGCUGGGGUGCUCUGUCCCAGUGGAGUUGGUCACCGAGUGAUGUUCGGGCUGUCUGUCCAUCCCAUAUGGACUCGGACAUUGGUCAGGAGGUGGCUGCACCAGGAGGUGCUGCUGUGGCCCUUCCUCAAGCUGCUGGCUCUGGGGAGCGUGGUGGCCUUGUUCUGUGAGCUGGGCAUUUACUAUGCAGUGAUCCUGAGAUGUGACUGGCCUCCGCUUCAAGAACCGCAAGGAUCCUCCGCACCAGUGCUGAAGGCUUUGUUUCUGGCUGACACACAUCUCCUGGGAGCUCUGAGAGGACACUGGUUCGACAAACUGAGAAGGGAAUGGCAAAUGGAGCGGGCUUUUCAGACUGCUUCAUGGUUAUUUCAACCGGAUGUGGUAUUCGUUCUUGGUGACCUGUUUGACGAGGGCAAGUGGAGCUCACCAGAGGACUUCAGAGAUGAUGUGAAGCGUUUUCAGAUGAUGUUCAGGCACUCGUCCAGCACAGAGUUGUUUGUGGUAGUUGGGAAUCAUGAUAUUGGCUUCCAUCAUGAAAUGGACUGGUAUAAACUGCAGAGAUUUGAGGGGGUGUUUAACUUCACUUCUGCAAAAGUGGUGACGAGGAAAGGAAUAAACUUUGUUCUGGUGAAUAGCAUUGCUUUACAAGGAGACGGGUGUUCCAUCUGCUCGCAAGUAGAGAAUGAUCUUCAACAACUCUCCUUGGCGUUAAACUGCUCCCGACAGCUGGAUCCAAGCCAUUCCAGUGAGAACUGUAAAGGAAAGGAGAUAUUCCCACCAUCUGCUCCCAUCUUACUCCAGCAUUAUCCUCUCUAUCGUGUCAGCGAUGAGGAGUGUACGGGCGAAGACUCUGCAUCUCCUGAGGAGAAGCAGCUGCUGUUCCGGGAGAAGUAUGACACACUGUCUCUUGAAGCUUCCAAAAAGCUGCUUUGGUGGUUCUGUCCUCGGCUGAUCCUCAGUGGCCACACCCACAGCAGCUGUACGGUGCUACAUAAUGGACUGCUUCCAGAGAUCAGUGUCCCGUCCUUUAACUGGAGGAACCGAGACAACCCCAGCUUCCUUCUGGCUAGUAUAACUGCGACAGACUUUACACUUGCUAAGUGUUUUAUGCCACGUGAAAGCACUGUAAUUACCAUUUAUCUCGCUGCAGGUGUUCUGGCCAUCAAUCUCCUGUUGUUUCACUUCCAUUUCUGGCAGUGGCUGAUGCACUAUUUAAUUGACAAGCACAAAUCUACUUGAUAGAAGAGAACUGGCCUGAGUACCAGCUAUGUUUUAGUUGUGGAGCUUUCCAGAUCUCCAGAUUUCAUGGGAGAUGAUAUAUGGAUAUUCUUAGCAUUUUGAGGAAAAGCAACUAUUUUUGAACAUUUUUGGAUAUAAUAUGAAUUUCUUUGAAGGUAACAUGUUAGAAUCUACAUCUUAAUGAUGAGAAACUGUUCCCGGUUAAGUAAGUUGAAAUUAAAAGUGCCCAGGAGCAAGUUAAUGCGAACGCUGACAUGGCAGAUCCAUCCCGAGUAGCAGCACUUUGUGGAAUCAGUGUCUUUCCCAUUGAACUGACUCCGUGAUCCAAUAUAGGGAGAGCAGGAGCCUGCAAUAUCUUCGUACUGUCACACCAGCUUCACUUGAAGUGUUUACAAAGAUAAAUUAUUUAAUUUAUUAGAAUCUCAGCAUAAGAAUUCAUGUGAAGCCAAUUUCUGACGUUUUUAUUUAUACUCGAGGGAGUUAGAUCUCGCUUUGAACUGUAGCCAUAACACAGCAGAUUGUAUUUAAAGUGCGGCAGUGGUUCAUUUAUUAGACUGUGGGAGAGUGAAUGAAUGUUUCCAAUAUAUAGAAUA